UACGCAUCACCAAUACAUCGCAUGAUUCAUUAUGACAGGAGCUUUUGCUCAUGGAGCUAUAUUUUUCAUUCGAGAUUACAAUCCGGAACAGAAUGAAGAUAAUGUAUUGGCAAGAAUGUUAGACCAUAAAGAAGCUAUCAUAUCCCAUUUAAGUUGGGCCAGCCUCUUUUUAGGGUUCCAUACUUUGGGUCUUUAUGUUCAUAAUGAUGUCAUGCUUGCUUUUGGUACUCCAGAAAAACAAAUUUUGAUCGAACCUAUAUUUGCUCAAUGGAUACAAUCGGCUCAUGGUAAAACUUCAUAUGGAUUUGAUGUCCUUUUAUCCUCAACAAGUGGCCCGGCAUUCAAUGCGGGUCAAAGUAUAUGGUUGCCCGGCAGGUUAAAUGCUGUUAAUGAGAAUAGUAAUUCCCUAUUUUUAACAAUAGGGCCUGGAGACUUUUUGGUUCAUCAUGCUAUUGCUUUAGGUUUACAUACAACUACAUUGAUCUUAGUAAAAGGUGCUUUAGAUGCACGUGGUUCCAAGUUAAUGCUAGAUAAAAAGGAUUUCGGUUAUAGUUUUCCUUGCGAUGGUCCAGGACGAGGCGGUACUUAUGAUAUUUCGGCUUGGGACGCAUUUUAUUUGGCAGUUUUCUGGAUGUUAAAUACCAUUGGAUGGGUUACCUUUUAUUGGCAUUGGAAGCACAUCACAUUAUAGCAGGGUAAUGUUUCACAAUUU